AAAAAAUUCGUAGUAAAGAAGUUGAAAAAAAUUGGGUAAAAAAAUUAUAUUUUUAAUAAAUUGGUUACUUAUAGAAGAGUCUUUCGGAUCAAAACAAUUGUGAAGUGGUUGCAGCAGAGCGAGAGUUCCGCUUCGAUGCCUUCCGACUCCCACUUAGGUACUGCUUCCGGCCAGAGUGCCUCUCCUCUUGCGCCAGGUAAAUGUGAGUCAGUUGAAGUCGGAUCGCUUCGAGUGACGGUUGGAUGUAUAGAUACUCUGCGUUGACUUACUUUGAUACCUUUCCUUACCAUUUCGUGUGUAGUAUAACUUCCUGCCGGGGCCUCUUAUUUUCAUGGUGUGCACCUCAGAAUGCAGUGGAGGGUGAAUAUUGUUGGUUCUGUUUGAGUGAAAGAGCGCCAAGAGUUUGUGCAAGAAUUUCCAAAGAGCUGAAGAAGCCUCAAAUGUGAAAUAGCAAAACAUCAAAGUGGAUUAAUUCAAUUCAACAAAAAAAUACCCAAAGUUUUUGUGUUUUUGUCUAAACAUUUUAACACCCACUCUACAAAAAGAGCCGCUACACCGCCAAACUGGGAUUACUCAAUUUAUCGUGAAAUAUAUUUAAUUUUCAUCUUUAAUAAAUUCAUUAAUUUGAUCAUCUCAUAUUGGAUCAGAGAAGAGAUACUCUUGAAAAUUUAAGGAACUGUGAUUUCAACACGUAACUUAUGGUGACUUAAUACAGAAAUUUAUUAAUGAGGAUACCUGAGUCACAUCGCAAAUUGUUCGUACAAGACAAGAAGUGCUGCUGAUUAAUAUGCUUCCGGGGCUUUUGAUUAUUCUGUCUCUUCAAAUUGUCGUUCAAGGUCAGCCGGCUCUUUUAGACUCUCGCUGCUACCUGGAGGGCGGAGGAUCAGCUGAAAGCUUUCUCGCUAGCGAAGAUGUAGCUGUUGGUGCUGUUAUUGGCAAGUUACGCAUCAACGGCGAUCCCAGCCCCGAGCAUGGUGACAUUAAAUUGUCUCUCCGUGAGCGUGAUUCUCCGGUUGCAAUAGCUCCAGGCUCGAAGGACAUCGUCUUGGUGACACCGUUGGACAAGGAAGGUGUUCGUGGACCAUCAUCGGUGUACGUAAAUGUGAUUUGUGACCGUAGACAUUCCAACGAUCCGAGUUUCGUCAUUCCCGUGAACAUUCGCGUGACGGAUGUCAAUGAUAAUGCUCCUCAGUGGGUAGGGGCACCAUAUUCGCUCACACUUUCAGAAGUCACGGUACCCGGGACACGGAUACUUCAGGGUGCCCGAGCAAUGGAUUUGGAUCAACAGGGACCUUUUUCAACAGUAGAAUACUCAGUUCUCCCAGGACCACAUUCAGACGUUGUGUCCUUUGUCAGCCCCUUAGAGGGUACAUUAAUUCUACGAAAGCCCUUAGAUUACGAAACAUUGAAGAAUUUUACCGUAAAGCUACGGGCCCAGGAUCAAGGGACACCUCCUAAGUUUUCUGAUACAACCCUGAGGGUCACGAUUACAGAUGCAGAUGAUCAAAAUCCAAAGUUCCUAAAAGACUCCUACAGGGGUGAUUUACCUGUGGAUGGCAAAACUGGAGAAUUAAGUAUACAGCCUGAACCCAUCAAAGCUCUAGAUCAAGAUGAAGGGCUAAGGGCAACCCUUCAAUAUUCAAUUGCCCCAUCACCGGAAUCUCGAUACUUCUCAAUAAAUCCAAGAACUGGAGUAGUUUCCCUAAUUACUGCACUUAAUCCAAUUGAUGUGGCACAGACAGUGACUCUCGUGAUAAAGGCUACACAGGUUGAUAAUCCCGAUCGUUAUGCCCUAACAACUCUUGUUCUUUCACGAAGAGACCCUAAGCAAAGUGGCGCUGAACUUGCAUUUCUUCAGCAACGCUAUCAUGCCAGGGCUCGCGAAGACUUAGGCGUUGGCAGUCGUAUCCUAGUCCUUAACACAAAUCGCCCAAAUCGACAUCUCCGAUUUCAAAUUCUCGAUAAAAUCCAAUCAGAAUACUUUUCCGUAAGCAAUGUCGGUGAGAUUCUUUUGCAAAAACCAUUGGACUAUGAGAAUUCCACCCGGCACACCUUUGAUGUAAGAGUCACCGAUGGUGUUAGCAAUGCCACGGCUCAGGUGACAGUGGAAGUGACUGAUGUGAAUGAUUGGGAACCGAGAUUCCGAGAAUCGCACUAUGAAUUCGUUGUACCCAAAUCUCUCAUCACUUCGGAGCCAGUUGCUCUAGGCAAAAUUGAAGCUGCUGAUGGAGAUCGCAAUGAUAGGAUAGCUCUUGAUCUUAAGGGUGCCUUAGCGGAUCUUUUUAGUAUUGAUUCAAGGGGUGUUCUGUGGUUGCGUCGGGAGAAGCCUAAUGUAACGAUGGUCAACCUCAUAGCAACAGCAACUGACAACGGACAACCACCAAAGAGCACAUCAGUUCCGGUGUCUGUGAGGAUGGAGGGCCUUGCCCUGGCUCAGUCUACAUGGGCUCCAGGUGUGCUUGGGGCAUUUGGCGUUGUUCUGUCGCUCUUUAUUCUUGCCACCAUCGGACUCUCUAUCUACAUUUACAAAAGCAAAAAUCCCAAAACUGCCAAUAGAAUUCACAGUCAAGCCAAUAGCACAACAUCUGCAUCGAAUCUCGUGAACAAUGAAAAGAAAUCUGGAGUUGGGGGUGGAUUGCAAUUGGCUGGAGGAAACAUGACAUUGGGAAAUCCCAUUGGCGGUGGUCAUGGAGGAUCAGGGAGUAGCUUAAGUGCAGGAGCAUCAACAAUCCUUGCCGCGAGUCUCGAGAGGGAAGCUCAAAGAGAAAGAGAGCGUGACAACUACACGGCCACUGUUAGAAGUAUAAUCUCAAGGGCAUCUGCAGCUAGGAAUGGUCUUUAUGAUGGGGACAUCGAGAGAGAUUCUAUCUCAAAUCCAGACAUAGCACGAACGACGUGGGGUGAAGCGGCAUCAAAUGGGAAUUUAGCGAGGAAAAAAUUAAGUUGGGGUGGCAGUGGGGAUCCCAAUAAGAACGACGUUGGCUCAUUAGACAAUAUUAAUGGUUCAACAGAGAACAAUUUGACUGUUUACUUCUGAUUCUACCCAUAUUUGCUCAAUACUAGAUUUUUUUAGCAUUUACAUGUGAUCCCACGAGCUCAUCCAACAAACCGAGAUUUUCGCCAAAGGUGUGUUUUAUGAACAAUUUACAUUGUACCAGUAUUUUUUUUUAAGUGUAACUCAUAGACUUAAGAUUACUUUUACUGUAACUGCUAAAUUGUAAAAAAAAAAAAAUAAUAGAAAAAAAAUAUUUACUCUGCGUUGAUACCACUGCUU